AUGCCAACUACGGAUUGUUUUUCUCAUGAAAAUGAUGCAACAGAUAAAAAUGGGUCAUGCACACAGUCAACAACACAUCAAGAUUUACGUAGUGAAUCGCAGGGAGAUCCAUUGUACAAGAUGAGAAGAGGACUUUUUGGGCGAAGUGCUUCAUAUUUGCAGGGUGACUCAGAAAGCAGUCAAAAAAAUGGAGCAAAUGAGGAGUCGUCAGGAAGUAAGGAGAAAGUGAGCGAAUCAGACAAUAAUAGUUUGCAUGGACCGAUGGAAGUGGACAUUGAAAAUGCAGGAACGACGAUCAGUGUAGGCAAGGAUGUAACUGAACCAAGCAGUUCGGUUGUCAAUGAACAGAAAACAGAUGAUGUAGAUAUAACUAGAGAUCAAAAACAUCUCUCAGACGCUACAGAGCGAAAUCAAAAGAAGGACAUUGAAUUCGAGAAGGGGCGAAAUGACACAGACCAAACUCAGAUGGGCACAGUAACAACUAUAACAACAAAUACGGAGUGCAUAUUUGAAUUGAAAGGAGAGUCCAUUGAAGAAAGUCAUAUUAAAAUUCAUAAAGAAGAGAGCAGUGUUUCCGUUGUAACUGGAACUGAUGGCGGUAUAGAACAUAAUGAAGGAAAAAAUGACAGUUCAAUUCCGGAUGAAGUGACAACACCAGUCACUGAAACAGAUGGUUCAAAUGGACCAGAAGGUACAUCUGAUGCUGAGGCAAAUGAUGCAAUUGCUGAAGAAGCUGGAAAAGUGAAAUUAAUUGGGAAACUCCCAAAAAGUAGAAGCAAGGAACAAAAGGAUGUUGGGAUUGCUCAAGAGACCCCAACCAGGAAAUCUGCACGAAGUUGCAAAAGACCUAAUUCUCACACUGUUGCUGUUGCUAAUCAAGCAAAUGCAGAAACUAAAGAAUCAGAAGAAGGUAGUGACGGUAAUUCUGCCAACGAACGACGUAAAAGUUUGCGUACUCGUAAAACUGAUGUUUCUAAUGAAACAGUUGCUGUGAAGAAUGAACCAGGGGCAGCGGAGCGACGGAAAAGUUUGCGUACACCUAAGAAAGUAGUUGCUACGUCAACUCCUACUGUUAAAGUCAUACGUCGUGAUAAGAAGAUAGAGAAGAAUAUAUCGGGAUCAGAAUCAACUGAUGAAAAAACUACGACAUCUGGAAGAAAUGGCAAAAAAAACGCUCCAAGUACAAUAGUUGGAUCGAGAUCCGCUCAAAAAUCUACAAAAAAAGAAACAGGGAAGAAACAUGAUCGUACAAGUGAAUCGGAUAAGGAUCCAUUCAGUAUUGAUAACAAUUUUGAUAAUCAUCCAGAACCGCUACGAAAUAUUCAGAUGGAACGUCAGUCUUUUGGAGGAUAUAAAUUCACGAAAUCUCCGGAAAAAACGCCUGCAUUACGUUAUCAGAAAACCGAACAAACAGCUAAUGAACGGCGAUCCAAUCUUAUUGGCUUGCUCCCACAUCAAGAGGUCACUACUCAUAAGUCACUUUCUGAAUUGACACUAAGCUCAGGUCGAGUUGCAAUGACUUCCUCAUUAAAGAGAAAGACGAAAUCUAUGGGCGGUGAAGUUUCAGAACCAGCUGGAAGUUCGAACGUAGAUGGAUCAAUGAAACAGGAUGAUAAUAAACAGCGGCCCAAAACCGGAAACCGAUCGGAAGAGAAACAAGCAAACUCAGCAUACAAUUUUCAGUCAUCACCGAAACAACGGAAACGUAAAAUAACUGACACAUCUCCAGCAAUAACACCAAAAAGACCGCCGAAAAUGAUAUUGCCGGAAUUGUCAGCAUUGGAACAGCUUGAAGCAGAUCACCGUCCCAAUGAACAUGCUGCAUAUAAUGUCGGUACACGGAUAUAUGCACUAUGGGAUCGCUUGUAUUAUCCGGCUCGAAUAUCGGCUGAACCGGAUGCAAGUGGUCGUUAUGAAGUAGUCUUUGCUGAAGAUGGUGCCAUACGUAAACUAGUAACAACGGGCAUUAUCCCGUUAUGUAACCUUGUUGCUGGCCGAAAGUGUUUGACAAGAAACGUGAAAGAUGAUGAAGAGGUGCUCGAAGAAGUGGAAAUCGUUGAGGCACCUUCAAGUAAUGAUGCACAAAACUGGAUGGAAGCUAUAUUCACUAUUAGAGAUACCAACAAUGAAAAUACAAGCAAAUCAUCAUGGCAAAAGUUAGUGGUAGAUAGUAAUCAAGCGAAAGCAUUGCAAGUAACAACAGUUAAUACGGUGCGUGAUGUCAAUGCCGAUAAUAUCGCAUCAACUGAAGGACGACGUAGUCGAGCCGCUCGCCACACUGCUGUUUAUAGUACCAACGUCACUCCCGUUAUGCCAACAAGAACUGCUCGUCGACAUUCCUCUACAACUGGAAAAGAGACCCCAAAACAGCAUACCAUUCCAUCAAAGACGUCGUCAUUGAAGGGCGAUGAAGCACUUCUUGAACCAGAAGAGUUGCAGGAGCAACAACAUGAAUCUUCAUCUACGAAUGGAUCAGCUAAAAAAGCACUGGAUAAAAUUUUUGACGGUAUAACAUUCGUGGUAACGUCAGCGUUACGUAAAAACCGUGAAGGUGAACAGGGAUUUAGCAAAAAAGAAAUACGUUGCAUGAUCGAAAAUGGUGGUGGAAAAGUGAUCGAUGAUGUUAUGAAAUUACCUCAGGGUAAACCGAUAUAUCUGAUCGCUGAUACCCACUAUCGUACCCAUAAAUACCUCACAGCAUUGGCACGCUCCAUUCCUUGUGUCAGUAAUCAAUGGAUCAGUGACUGUGCUAAAGAAAAUAAGUUACUGGAUCAUAUGAAAUAUAUGUUGCCUGCAGGAGUAUCUCUUCUUACUGGCGAUAUGAGACCAUGGCACUCAAAUAACGGCACUUUGUUAUCAGGAAAGCGUGUUUUCAUUUCUUCAAAUAACGUAUUCUACGAUAUGCCAAACUUUUCACAAAUUUGGACACCUAUUAUCAAUCAUAUGGGCGGCACCGUUGUACCGGUAAUUCCAGAAGAAGGGUUGGAUAUUUUAUUGACGGAUGCUAGUUGCACUGAGGAAAUUUUGAAUGUUGCUCGAUCGCAGGGAGCUACAGUCGUUUCAUCGGAAUGGAUUAUCCAAGCAAUCAUUCAUGGAAGCUUGCCAGCACCCGAAGCACAUGAACGUUUUCAGUACGAUUACAAUGACGCAUGCUCUUGA